UUGGCUAAAGGGGCAGGAACUCCUGUAGCUGUCGCGGUGGAUAGGGCCGUAUCUCUAACUGGGAAAAGCAGACAUGAAAGAGAUGGAAAAUAAUCCUGCUUAAGAAGCGUCCACGUUUCACCAAGUUCGAUUUUAAAGGCCAAGCGGAGCGGAAACGCGGGCGUCCGGCUCGGGCACGCCUCGCGGGCCGAGGCUGGCGCGGUGCAUUGUGGACCCUGCAGUUUGCUUCACGUUUGUGGGCCGCUGAGGCGUGAGUGCUGUGGUGAGUUGUGCAAUGAAGUGAACUUCAUUGGCUGCUGACAGGCUCCCAUGGGAUCCUGCCCUUUUUUACAGUUGUGAACCUCCUGUGCUUUUCCCUCGGAUUCACGGGCUGGAUUUUAACAGGCACCAGGAGCUCCCCGCCCCGACCCCCGGAUUAGGGUUUACGACCAGUGUUGGAUAUCCCCAAGUCGCCGCUUAAUAGAGAGGGCUCACCUGCCUUCGUUGCUACUACAUAGCCCCCAAAGCAGACCCGUAUCUGUGUGUAAAGAAGAAACAGAAAAUCUCCUUUUAAAAAGUUGGCGCAUCACUCUCGACCUCCUCCAUUUCUUCAUUUUGCUGUGGAAGUAGGGGGUUUUGAACAUCUCUCGUCCCAUCGGGUGCUGAUUCCGUUGCACGAUGGCGUUCUGUAUGUCUGGCAUUCGAAGUUUUCCUAAACUUUGGGAGAGCAACCCAUACGCUGGGCUACGUCCAAGGCAUUCUUACAUCUCCCUCUUUCUCACAAACUGCGUUGGCAUCAGGAACGACCAUAGAUGGUUUUCUCUUAAAGCAAUGUCUGCACAAAACACCAAAGCAAUGAACCCGCUGAUUGCCAGGGGCAGACAUCUCUGGAAAGCAAAUGAGGGCAAUAAAAAGCAAGUGCCUUUGGAGUCUUCCCAUCUUUUCGCAGCUGGAGCAGCUGAGAAGCGAUCACAGAGGAAUCCUCCGAACAAGGAUCGGGCCAUGCCUCCCGUGAAGGGCACUAUUCAACUUCCUAAACAACCUUUGAAUUUAGAGGAGUGGGAUAAACUUAAGGAAGAUUUCAAAGGAAAGACCAAUUUUGAAAUUUGGAUCAGCUCUCAGAUGGCUGAGUGCCAUAGCUCUGUAGAUGUGGCUAAAUCUCUACUGGCAUGGGUAGCCGCAAAAAACAAUGGCAUUGUAGGCUAUGGUGUACUGCUGAAAUAUUUGUAUCUCUGUGUCAUUCAUCAGCAAACGUCAGAAGUUAUUGACGUCUACGAAAUCAUGAAAGCCAGAUACAAGAGGUUAGAGACUGGGGGUUACAGUCUUCUCAUCCGAGGAUUAAUCCAUUCUGACAGAUGGAGAGAGGCCUUGCUGCUAUUAGAAAACAUUAAGAAAGUCAUGAUCCCUUCAAAAAAGAACUAUAAUGACUGUAUCCAGGGAGCCCUCCUUCAUCAAGACGUAACUACAGCCUGGAAUUUGUAUCAGGAAUUGCUGGAUCAGGGUGUUAGUCCUAUGUUGGAAACUUUACAAGCCUUCUUUGAUUUUGGAAAAGAUGUAAAGGAUGAUCACUAUUCAAAGAAACUACUAGACAUUCUUUUGUAUCUAAGAAAUAAUCAGCUGUAUCCUGGGGAGUCGUUUGCACAUAGUAUAAAAACAUGGUUUGAGAGUGUUCCUGGAAAACAAUGGAAAGGACAGUUCACCACAAUCCAGGAAAGUGGUCAGUGUCUGGGCUGUGGAAAAGCCAUGGAGUCUAUUCACCUGAGUCCAGAUGAAUAUGAAUUCCUCAAGACAAAAAUCAUGAGGGAUGUGAUAGAUGGAGGUGAUCAGUAUAGAAAGACGACACCUCAGGAACUUCAGAGAUUUGAGAACUUUGUAAAAUCCCGUCCUCCUUUUGAUAUUGUUAUUGAUGGCCUCAAUGUUGCCAAGAUGUUUCCUAAAGCUCGAGAAUCUCAAGUGCUCUUGGGCGUAGUCUCCCAGCUAGCCAAGCAGAAUCUGCGAUUGCUGGUCCUAGGCCGGAAGCACAUGCUAACACAGCGUUCCCGGUGGACAAAGGAUGAGAUGGAAAAAAUACGAAAGCAAGCCAGCUGUUUUUUUGCUGAUGACAUACUUACAGAGGGUCAGAGAGAAGGAGUUCUUCUGUCUGCUGGUUUACUUCCCCAGUGACCACUAUGGCCAAGGCUGGGCCAGCCAGAAGCAGGGAGCCUGAAACUCCAUCUGGAUCCCCCAUGUGGGAGCUGGAUUGGAAAUGGAGCAGCUUGGACUCAAACCAGCAGCAAUAUGGGAUGUCAGCAGCUUUACUCACUACAGAAUGCCGGCCCCAUCCCCCAUUUAUUAAAGAGGUAAAAUGGCUCUCAAUGCAUGAAGCAGGAGGCUAACCCCAAAUCCAGAUCCCAAACCAAAUCCCUUUUGUCUUUAGCUGGAAGGAAGUGCUUCCAUUUCUCCAAGAGUAAAUGACUUAGUGUUUUUCAUAGAGUUACUUUAGGCAGUAUUGGGUAGACAUUAGGAGUACAGGCUUGGGAAUUAGUCUCCCCAGGUUCAAAUCAUUGUUCUGCCACUUCCUGUCUGGGAAAGAUGUGCCCCUUCUCUGUAUCCUCCUUUCUUAUAUAACCCUCACAGUAUUAUUAAGAAGAUUAAAUGAGAUAAUAUUUGUAAAUAGUGCAUGUAAAACUCAUGGUACAGCGUAAAAUACAUGGAAAACAUAUAUUAGUUGUUUUCAUCAUCAUUAUUUUUCUUACAUAGAAGAAUUGGAUAAAAGCAAAUGGUUUCAUCAAGAAGCCUGUUGGAAGUGCCAGUGUUGUGACAUAGCAGGUUAAGCCACUGCUUGCCACACCAGCAUCCCACAUCACUACUCCAGUUCUGAUCCAGCUCUCUGCUGAUGCACCUGAGGAAGCAACAGAUGAUGGCUCAAGUACUUGGGAACUUGCCACUCAUAUGGGAUAUCCAGAUGGAAUUCUAGGCUCCUGGCUUCAGACUUGCCCAGCCCAAAUCAUUACAGGCAUAAAUCUUUUUUUUUUAAAUCCUGUUGAAAAUUCGUCUCACUCUUGUUUUGAAGCCAGUAUUUAUUUAUUUUUCUUUUUAAGAUUUAUUUUAUUUAUUUGAAAUGCAGAGAGGGAGAAAUAUACAGAGAGAACUUUCAAGCCAAAGCUAAGAGCUUCUUCUGGGUCUCCUAUAUAGGUCCUAGGGCCAUCUUCCACUGCUUUCCCAGGAGCAUUAGCAAGGAACUGGAUCAGAAGUGGAGCAGCCAUAACUCAAACUCGCGCCCAUAUGGGAUGCUGGCAUUGCAGGCGGUGGCUUAACCUGCUAAGCAACAGCGCUGGCCCCAAGACCUGUAUUUUUUACAUCAGCUAUUUCCAAGCUCAGUGGUAAAAACUGAUUUACUGACCUUGUAUGGCUUUGGAUUUGAAAAUUUAAAUUUCUAACAUUAACUCUG